UUGAACCGAAGUUGUUUUGUUGAGAAUUCUUCCCACUUAUUCUUGGUUAACUCGGAUUUUUCUGUAGUUUUAGUUUGUGUGAUGAAUUAAAAUGUGUAAAUAAAUUAAGUAAAAUGUAUUGCCGCACCUUUAUGAAACCUCCUUUGCAAUAUGUUAAAGUCUUACUUGGCAAGCAUCCACCCUUCCUGCUCAAGAUUUUCCAUCCAAAGCUAACAGUCUUACCACAAAGAUUCAUUCUAUCAGCCGCCAACAGCACUUUCCAACUCAGAUUUCUUUCAAACCGAGAUGGAGAUCCGAUUUUGGAACCAGAGAUUUUCGAAGAUCACGUCUUCGAAGAGAAUUUAUCUGGGUUCUCCUUUAAACAUGUGCUUUAUCCUGAGGAGGAUCAUAUACUUAAAAGAAUAAACGCAUGCUGUUCCUCGCAGAAAUUAUUAGAUAUGUUUGCCAAGGACGGAGCUCAAUUUCAACCCGCACAUGUAGUUCAAACUGUGAUUUUAUUAUGGGACUUCUGUAGAAAACUAGAAAGUCAAACAUCAGAGGCUCAAAAAGUCAUCAAAGAGGAUGAGAAGUUUGAAAUACUUCUUGCAAAGUUAUUAGAAGCUGUUGAAGAUCUAAAUCCAAACGAAAUGACUUGUUGUUAUCUCUAUUUAAAACGCAUAGGCUUAGAUCCUAAGCACAAAUUAAUGCAGCAAUUGAUGGUGUGUAUAUUGGAAACCAUUAAAAAAGGUGACAAUAUUCCACUUUCGGCUCUUUCGAGAUUUUCUGUUGCAGUUAGCACGGAUAAAACUAUAAAUACCUCACUCGUUUGCCGAAAUAUGCUGCCUCACCUUGUAAAAGCUUUAGAAACCUGUUCGACAGCUGAAGAAAUGAGACUAAUAACAAUUUGUUUGAUCAAUAUAAGACAGCUCGUAUUAAAAGAUUUUUUAGAGGUUUAUAAGGCCAAAGUGAAAGAACUAAUGAAACUUAAGAUACUAAACACCGAAAAUACAAAAUGUGUUCUUAAGGUUUUACACUUUCUCAACCAUCCAUCUUGGUCUCAUCUGAAUUCAUCACUUUCUAGAAAAUUGAUGCUACUUGUUUUGCCAAUUAUAGACGACUUAUCCGAAGAAGAUGUCAAAAUUGUCUAUAAGUUAUAUCAAAGCCAACUUGAGCCUGCUGCAAUGGCACCUAAACUUCUUAAAGUAAGCGAAACCCUGCUCGAAAAAAAUCCAACACAAGAAAUGUUAACAUGCAUUGUACAGUUUGCAGAACCCAAGAAAAAGGAACGUCUCAUAGAGAUAUUUAAGUCUCAAUUAUCAGAUGAAACAAUGUGGCAACGUCCAACUGCGCCUUUGUAUUUUUUCACCAUUUUAAGGUCUCUAAAAAUAUCUGAUAAUGAACUAUGUAACAAAUAUUGGACCAAAGUAUUAGAAGAUGUAGACAGAAAUCCCGAAGGAAAAGAACAUUACGUCUUUGCUAAACAUUGUCACCGUUAUAUGUAUUUUAACAAUAAUUUGGGUGGUACCUAUCGUCAUCUGGAGUUUGAGAAACGUAUGGCGCAUCUGUGCAUGAAUGAAAUCAGCACCGGGAUAUCAGGAGUGAUUCCUUCGAAAUUUUCAAACCUGGCGUCAUUCGUUUUGGGCUAUGGUCACACGUACCGGGGAAAUUCAAUCAUUCCAAAUUCGAUUAUGUCCAAAAUAGAAACAAUGAAAAGUCAAUUCAGCCCAGACGACUGUCUGCAUUUGUCCAGAGGAAUCCAAAUAGCUUUUGAAAUGAGAUUUCGUCAUUUUGUGCCCACGAUGAUAGCGCAACAGUUGGAGAUCAUAGAAAAAGCACUGAGUGAGAGUGCGAAGCGACAUUUAAAUACCUUGAACCAUGAUAAUGCUAAAGAUUUAAAUGUUAUCAUUCGGUCGUUAAAUAAUCGAAAAAGUCCUAGAAAAUCCUCCAUAUACCAACAAGCGCUUAACAAGUAUAACCACAUCAAUGCAAACGCUCUAGAUUCAAGAAUGCUGCGAGACAUGUCAUACAAUUUAAGCACAUCGAAUUUUGUUGCUCCAGAAGUUCUGGAAAAAAUGUUCUCUUAUAUAAUGAAAAAUGAAAACUAUGUGACAGGUGAUACGGCUGAAAAGAUAAUAUCGUGUUCUUAUAACUUAGGGUACUCACCGCAAUUACAAGAGAGUCUGGAUUCAAUAGCUAGGAUUGUUGUAAGGGAUUUCGAUUACAUGACGGGGUUGUCAAUUAUUCAAGCAUCUCUGGCGCUCUGUUUUUAUAAGACUAUUCCUGAAAAGCUUAUAAAUAAAGUCUUUUGUGUGGACUUCAUCAAAAGAAUAGAAGAAGAAAUUGAAAUGUGUUACUCUAAGGCUACCUACCCAGAAAGAGUAUUGAAUCAGGUAAUGCAACUUAAUCGGGCAGUUUGUUUAGAUUUUCCUGAGGCUGAUGUUCCAUGGUUCCAACAGAACUAUCUUGAAGCUCAAUUAAGCAAAUAUCCAUUUGUUCCAAGUAAAUACAACGACGAUGUGAAACAAGGUCUUCUUUCAGUUUUAAAAGAUGAAUCUCUAUUUCGUUGUAAUCACGUAACUCCUUAUGGAUACAGAAUAGAUUUCGUGAUUCAUUUUGACACUCAAAAGCAUCCUAUACCUGCUCCAGUUGAAACUACAGUCCUGGAUAAAAUUACAAAGGUCGCUAUAUUGCUGCUCAAACUCGAUUCAAUGUGUGAAAAUGAUUUACUUACAAUGCGAGGUAAAGAGGCACUAAGAAUGCGACAUUUAGAGAUGCUUGGUUACAAGGUGGUGCACAUAAAUCAACAUGAUUGGACCCAUUUAAAAGUACAAAACGAAAGAGCGAAUUACUUAAAGUGUUUGUUACAAAUAACUAGUUGAAUAAAUUGUUAUUUUUAGUCAGAUAUAGGCUGUGUUGUUUGAAA